AUGGCGGACGGCGGAGGGGAGCCGGACCAGCUGGCGGGGGAGAGGGCCACCGCCCAGUUCGACGUGGACGGCAUGAAGGUCGCCUGGGCCGGCUCCCGCCACGCCGUCGAGGUCGCCGACCGCAUGGCCCGACUCGUCGCCUCCGACCCCGUGUUCCGCAAGGAUACCAGGACGAUGCUCUCCAGGAAGGAGCUGUUCAAGGACACGCUCAAGAAGGCGGCGCACGCGUGGAAGCGCAUUGUCGAGCUGCGUCUCACAGAGGAGGAAGCAAACUUGCUGAGGCUGUAUGUUGACCAGCCUGGUUAUGUCGAUCUCCAUUGGGGCAUGUUUGUUCCUGCCAUAAAAGGGCAAGGGACUGAGGAGCAACAGAAGAAGUGGUUACCUAUGGCGUACAAGUUCCAAAUAAUCGGAUGCUAUGCUCAGACUGAACUUGGUCAUGGUUCAAAUGUUCAGGGUCUUGAGACAACUGCCACAUUUGAUCCAAGUGCCGAUGAGUUUGUUAUGCACAGCCCAACUCUGACCUCAAGCAAGUGGUGGCCUGGUGGCUUGGGAAAAGCUUCCACUCAUGCAGUCGUCUAUGCUCGUCUCAUAACGGAAGGAAAAGAUUAUGGCAUACAUGGUUUCAUCGUGCAGUUGCGAAGCUUAGAUGACCACUCUCCCCUUCCUGGAGUUACUCUCGGUGAUAUUGGUGGAAAGUUUGGCAGUGGGGCGUAUAACAGCAUGGAUAAUGGUGUUCUGCGCUUCGACCAUGUGCGCAUUCCAAGGGAUCAAAUGUUGAUGAGGCUUUCCCAAGUCACAAGGGAGGGAAAGUAUGUGCACUCAGAUGUGCCAAAGCAGCUGCUAUACGGGACAAUGGUUUAUGUCCGUCAGACAAUUGUCGCAGAUGCUUCCAAGGCUUUGUCCCGUGCUGUUUGCAUUGCUGUAAGGUAUAGUGCUAUCCGGAAGCAGUUCGGUUCCCAAGAUGGUGGCCCUGAGACUCAGGUCCUCAAUUACAAGACUCAACAGAGCAGGCUCUUCCCUUUGCUGGCUUCAGCUUAUGCUUAUAGAUUUGUGGGUCAGUGGCUGAAGUGGCUAUACACGGAUGUCACACAGAAGCUGGAAGCUAAGGAUUACUCAACACUGCCGGAAGCUCAUGCCUGUACUGCUGGGCUCAAGUCUGUGACAACAUCUGCAACAGCUGACGCAAUUGAAGAGUGCCGAAAGCUCUGUGGCGGACAUGGUUACCUGAACAGCAGUGGGCUUCCAGAACUGUUUGCGGUCUAUGUUCCUGCCUGCACCUAUGAAGGAGACAAUGUUGUUUUGUUGUUGCAGGUUAGUGUCGUUUUGCACCUGGUUGCAAGGUUUUUGAUGAAGACUGUUGCUCAGGUGGCCACUGGGAAGCAACCUGUUGGCACCAUAGCUUACAUGGGCAACAUACAGCACUUGAUGCAAUGCAAAAGUGCUGUAAAUACAGCCGAAGACUGGCUCAAUCCUGCUGCCAUAAAGGAGGUGUUUGAAGCUAGGGCCCUGAGGAUGGCGGUGAACUGUGCCCAGAACAUCAGCAAGGCGCCAAGCCAAGAAGAAGGUUUCUCUGAGCUCUCACCUGAUUUGCUCGAGGCUGCCGUGGCUCAUGUCCAGCUGAUCAUUGUGACCAAGUUCAUCGAGAAGCUGCAGGAGGACAUCCCUGGCCCCGGGGUGAAGGAACAGCUCCAGAAGCUGUGCAGCAUCUAUGCGCUCCACCUCCUGCACAAGCACCUGGGCGACUUCCUGUCGACGGGAUGCAUCACGGCCAGGCAGGGCGCGCUGGCCAACGAGCUGCUCGGGAAGCUCUACGCGCAGGUGCGUCCUAACGCGGUGGCGCUGGUGGACGCGUUCGACUACACGGACCACUACCUGGGGUCGGUGCUGGGGCGGUACGACGGGGACGUGUACCCGGCGCUGUACGAGGAGGCGUGGAAGGACCCGCUGAAUGAGACGGUGGUGCCCGACGGGUACCAGGAACACCUCCGGCCGCUGCUGAAGCAGCAGCUCAAGCUCUCCAGGCUAUGA